AUUUUGAAGAGCCCAGAUAUGUGUUCGUCUUCUCGUCGUGUGGCAAGUUUAAAGUCCGUUCUUGUAGAUGUAGUAAAUCAGGUUGGAAGAAGCUUCUGCAUAAAUAAAUCUUCAUUAGUUGUCAGCAAUUUCAUGGGGGCAACGCCGGAAAUAAAGAAGCGAAAACUAUACCAAGACCAAGACGUGUACAGAAGUCAUUUGUCGCCGUGAGAAGUAACGAUCAACACAGUCACAUUCACAGAUCGAUGGCAGCGAAUGAACAAAGAACCGUUCUGAAUUUAGUACUGUAGCGACGAUGAAACCACUGAAAACCAAUCGACGUUCCUUUUUUUCCUGUUGACCAUGUGCAAGUUUUGCGUUUUUUCAUUGAUAUCUGCGUGAUGUGCAUUGCAUUUUUUUCAGGCUACGGGUAAAUAUGGUGGGAAAGUUAGUCGAAAUUGCGGGUAUAAUUGGUCGAGACUUGAAAGAUUUUGAUAGUACGUGAAGUAGUUCCUAUUUUGAAGCCCACUGACGAGGGAGUGUACGUCUUCUAUUUUGAAGCCACAGCACGACAUUCUGCUCCAGACCAUUUCUGUGUCAUUUUAGCCGAGUUGAAAACUACCAUACCUUGCUAGAAGAAAAAGGAACCUGAAAAACGAGAGACAAAAAUCAUGGCCCAACUUCAUUUCGAAGAGGAAGCAGGCCUCUUCACCCAGGACCCCUCCCAACCGCCAUCCAUGGUGAAAGACCUGGAAUUCAUCCAGCAGCACCAUCACAAAUUCUACAGCGAGAUGACCAUCGAAUAUGCGGAUGACGACCAGGCUUUUUUCUUCCUCGCCAGCAAACGACAACCGAACAGGAGGCUGAAGUUAUCCCUCGCCGCGGACACGGCCUACACCGUGUUGGAAGACAGUACCGAGGACGCCGCACAAUCCCUGAUCUCCCAACAAUUCGAGUCCUUUGAGCAGGUGAUGUCGGCGCUGGACAAGGGCGGUUUUGGCGAUUUGUUGUGCAAUUUAGUAGUGGACAAGUUGGGGGAAUUAGGAGAACUCGCGACAGAGGAACCGGACGAGUUCGAGCAGAACGACGCGAAGUUUUACAAUCGGCCGGGUCAGAUAGACGAGGAAGCGCACGGAGUGAUUGGUGGCGGGGGAAUUUUCGGCGGUGUGAUAGACGAUGUGGAUCCAAUGGCGGAUUGAUUGAAAAAGCAGCUUUGGCUCACGAUUUAUUUUUCGCAGUAGAGAAACGUUUCUUUUACUUUUUUCAUUGCUAGAUUUUCACAUUGGCAUCAUGUUGCAAAGGAACAAGAUGAUGAGAAAGGGAUAGCUAAAAACAUGACUUAUUCUUGUUGACUACGGUUGGCUCCUCCUUCGGCCACGCCGCGCUGAGAACAAAAAGAACACUUGCGACGAGAUAUUCUUUGACCCGCCUGAAAAAAAUCUAGAUGCCUCUGGUUUCAGUGCGGAUCGAACCAGAAGCGAGAGCGACCAUCAGAACCACCUUGAAGGCGACGCACAACUUUUGUCCGUCGUUGUAAGUAGUACGGCAUG